GGGCCGUCACGGAUCCGAGAGACGGCAGGCGAGUGGCACUCAAAAAGUUACCGAACGUAUUUCAAUCGUUGGUAUCCUCGAAACGGGUAUUUAGGGAGUUGAAGAUGCUCUGCUUCUUCAAACACGAAAAUGUCCUCUCAGCCUUAGAUAUACUUCAACCUCCACAUUUAGACUUCUUCCAAGAAAUAUAUGUAAUUACGGAACUGCUACAGAGUGAUCUACAUAAGGUUAUAGUUUCACAUCAACCCCUUUCGUCGGACCAUAUAAAAGUUUUCUUGUACCAGAUACUUAGAGGUUUAAAAUAUUUACAUUCGGCUAGGAUAUUACAUAGAGAUAUAAAACCUGGGAAUCUCCUCGUUAAUAGCAAUUGUGUUCUUAAGAUCUGUGAUUUUGGUUUAGCAAGAGUAGAAGAGCCUGAUAGCAGUAAAGCCAUGACCCAAGAAGUAGUAACGCAAUAUUAUAGGGCGCCGGAAAUACUGAUGGGUGCCAAACAUUACUCGGCAGCGGUGGAUGUCUGGUCUGUCGGCUGUAUAUUUGGAGAACUUUUAGGACGAAGAAUAUUAUUUCAAGCCCAAAACCCCGUCCAGCAAUUAGAACUGAUAACGGAGCUUCUGGGAACGCCGUCUUUGGAAGACAUGAAGUACGCUUGUGAAGGUGCCAAAUCACACAUGCUGCGCAGACCACCAAAACCACCAUCGCUCAGCGCCCUCUAUACGCUGUCGUCGCAAGCUACGCAUGAGGUCGUCCAUUUAUUAUGUCAAAUGUUGGUGUUCGAUCCGGACAAACGGAUAUCAGUAACCGAUGCCUUAGCCCAUCCCUACUUAGACGAAGGUAGGUUACGGUACCACUCGUGCAUGUGCAAAUGCUGCUAUACGACAGCCAGCGGUAUGAGACAGUACACGUCAGAGUUCGAAACGACAGCACCACAUCCAUUUGACGACCACUGGGAGAAGAAACUCACUUCAAUACAACAGGUCAAAGUCGCGUGCCGUUGUGCAUCAACCCUCAGAGCGCGGCGUUCAAGAGUUUCGCCAGGUAAGAGCGUGCAUCACACACCCACCAUCCGCCCGCCAUUCCGCCGGCGAAAAGCAGCCGCAAGACCAGCGCAGCGCCAUUGCAUAGGCUGUGCCCCUUUCAAGAAGACCCUAGAAAUUCUGUUAUCACCCGUCAUCUUUCUCUGUGCUGCUUCGACAGUGGCACAUCCGUCAGAGUUGCCACCUUCACCGCACCAAUGGGAGGCAGGAGCUCCAAGAUCGGUGGCCCGCAGAUAACCCGCGCCCCUGGUUACAGUCGUUUCGCUGGUAGCUUUCGUAGCGGGGGCUCUUUAGAGAUUGGGCGAUGCUGGACAACGUUUCCAAUCGUGGUUGAAUUUAGUUGAUGAUUAUUCGAAGGCUAGCGAAAAUUUAGUUGUGAUCGAUCCCACUUCUGAUAUCUAUCAGUUCAAUAUGUUUGCUUUUCUUCAAACAAUUGUAGCGGUUGAACGUCACGAAACGUUUCCCUGCAAAUAUCUCAUAAAAGGAUGUCAAUCUGAAAAUGCAUUUCUUAAAUAUUCGGAACUGUGCAUGACUUAACAGUUUUUCAAAAUGCCUGUAUUGAGAAACAACUUGAAAACCAAGAUUAUAAAUUCUGCUUUCCGUCUAAAGCCUGAUAAAUAAAUGUUCAUCUCCUUAUUACUCCACGACCGCAAAAGCUAAUAAAAUCAAUUAUAAUUUCCUUAAUGUCUGUGGAUUUUUUCAUCGGCCACAACAGCAUGAAAUAAAUCAAAGAGGCAACCACAGAAUGAGGUUCAAAAGAUUCAUUUCAUCAUAUUUUACGGAAUAGCGAAUCUUAAAUUGAUAAAUUAGAUUUGUAUGUUGCCAAAACUCGAGAAAAAACCAUAUGACUGCAAGCCUGAAUUGUUGAGACUUUGUGGUAUUUGUUAUAACUUAGAACGAAGCAUUUUCCGUGUUUUCCGAAUAUGAGGUCAUUUUAUUCUAAGAAACUUUACCAAUAAACCAUUAUUGAUUCCAUAAUUUAGUUCUGAUAUACAAGGCACGUUAUAGAAAAAAGUUUCAAACGAAAGUUUUAGGGUUCUGAGCAGGCAAAAUGACGGUGACCUUGACAAUGACCUUCACAACGACGUAUGAGGUGAUAUCCUUUCAGGCGAAUAAUUUCAAAUGGAAUUCCUCCUUUUUCACAUCGAGAACAUCACCUUGGCCAUGACCUUGACUAUUGCCUUCUUUUCAAAUCAAGGCAUCGUAAACAAUUUGCUCUAAAAAUGUUCGCCAACACAGUUGUAAGGUUUGUGGGGAUCAUCGAAACGUGACCUUGACGAUGACCUUCAAGAUCAAGUCAAACUUUCUAAACGAAACCACUCACUUUUAUAUUGGAAGCGAAAAAAUAACAUAAAUCUUACGUACGAAUGUGACCUUGACUUUAAAGUCAAGGUCGUAUCACUCUUAAAUGUUAUUCGGACGUAAAUUUUAGUUAUUUCCGUUUUUAAUAUAAAAGUGAGUUUCCUUUGAAAAUAUGACUUGACCUUGAAAGUCAAGGUCAUGACCUUGACUACUGUAUUCAAGAUCAAAACAGGGCAUCAUAAACAAUUUGAUCUAAAAAAAUUUCGGCUACACAGUUGUGGGGAUCGUCAAAACGUGACUUUGACCAUGACCUUCAAGGUCAAGUUAAAAUUUCUAAACGAAACCUCUUAUUUUUAUACUGGAAGCGGAAAAACAGGAAGCUUUACGUACGAACGUGACCUUAACUUCAAAGUUAAGGUCGUAUCACUCUUAAAUGUUAUUCGGACGUAAAUUUUAGUUAUUUCCGUUUUUAAUAUAAAAAUGAGUUUCCUUUGAAAAUAUGACUUGACCUUGAAAGUCAAGGUCAUGACCUUGACUACUGUCUUCAAGGUCAAACCAGGGAAUCGUAAACAAUUUGCUCUAAAAAAAUUUCGUCUACACAGUUUUGGGGAUCAUUAAAACGUGACUUUGACCAUGACCUUCAAGGUCAAGUCAAAAUUUCUAAACGAAACCUCUUAUUUUUAUACUGGAAGCGGAAAAAACAUGAAACUUUACGUACGAACGUGACCUUAACUUUAAAGUCAAGGUCGUGUCGCGCUUAAAUGUUAUUCGGAGGUAAAAUUCAGUUAUUUCCAUUUUUAAUACAAAAAUGGGGAGUUUCGUUUGAAAAUGUUGACUUGACCUUGAAAGUCAGUCGUGGUCAAGGCCACCUUUGUGUAAUCCCCACAUACCUCACAGCUCUGCUGUCAAACAUUUUUGCUGCAGUAAAUUGUCUUAAUUUGACCUUGAAGGCAAUGAUCAAGGUCAUUGUCAAGAUGAAGUUCGGAUGCAAUAUUUGUCCCUCUUCAAUUCCGAUGUGGAAAAGGGCGGUUCUAUAUGAAAAUAUUCACUUUUACAAUGACCUUGAAUGGCGUCUUUAAAGUAAUUGUCAAGGUAAUAUUCAUUUUGCUCCCUCUAAACCCUAAAGUUUCUGAAUUUUUUUUUUUCAAUGAAUAUUUCGAAGGGGAGAUUAAAAUGGGACAAAAUUAUAAAACCACACUCCAUCAAUCCAACAUUGCUUCCAAGUUGAUCAUCAACUAAAUGAAACCAUCAUAAAGAGACCUUUUAUUUACCAAAAAUCACCAAUCAGGGAUACCGUGCAAUCCAAUGCCGGAAGAAGGAUAUCUUUUGUACAUUAAGUGGUAUGCCAGCGAUGCCAUUUAAGAAGUUGAUCUCUAUAAUUAAAUGGUGAAAUUUUAAAGUAACGUCCAUUGUAAUGAAAUACCAAUGCUCAAAACAAUUUUGGACGUUUCAUAUUUACAAUCAGUGCGUUGCAUCUACUUGCCAUAGUAUAACAUACUGGUGAAAGUCAAGUAUUUUUUGCCGGAGAGAUACGGGUAAAAAAAUGAAAAUGGAUAUGAAAGCAUUCACAAAACGUACAAUUUUCUUAGAUACGAUCUCGCAAUAUUAACUCAAUUGUCACUCAAUGAACACUUAAUGGGUUAAAAUAGAAUGUUAACGAUAAAUCUUGACGGAUAAAUUAUUUAAAAAAAAGGUGUUUAACAAAAUACAGAUAUCUGAAAACUUCAACGAUUUGUUCUAAUGAAAUUGCAUUAAAAAUAUAUAGAUCUCAAAAAAAAUAUUCAAAAUAAAUUGGACAUAUUUUCAAUCGUGGUUGGGUAAACUUUAAUUUUUAAUUGAAUUUCUCAAUGUUCACUAACAUCUUUAACUUUCUAAAAAGCUGAAUUCUAAAAACCACUUCUCUUCUAGAAGACAUCCUAAAGAUUUUUGUUUUAUGUAGUGUCGGGAUCUUCGUAAAAUGUCGCACUAAAGUUAUCUUAAAAACUUUUAAAUGUGUUAAAAUACAUUAUUCGUGCAUAAAAUAGACGCCUUUUGUCCGGUGCUGUUUGGUGUUUUCAAUAUUCUCAUUUGGGUUUUUCGCGGAUUGAUAUUAAUAUUGUUUUAGUGUUUUCGAAAAUAUGGGUUUAUGAAUGCCAGUUCAUAUCCUUUCUGAUUGAAAAUUUAACACGGAAGGGACUGGUUCCUUUGCAAACGAAUAUGGCGUCGUGGCAUACCACAAAGACAAAAGUGACGUUGAUUGAAGCAAUCGCGCUGCUGUUCAACAAUAUAGUGUGUGUCUAUGUGUAUAUUUAGUCGCUCAGAGUGUGAUUUUACAUUAAUAUUACCUUACCAAGUAGAUCUGCCAAUUAGUGAUCCAUAUUUUUUUUUAUAGCCAAAACCCUCACAUUUCACCAGUCACAAAAUGUUAUUUGAAAUGCACUUUUUCUUCUAGCAAUGGUACGGGUCAAGGCAUAAACCAUAUGGAUUUUAAUUUCUGGAGCCAAGUCCAGCACGUUAUUACGUAAAAAUUUGCAGCAGUUGCUGUCAAACACAAAAUUGCUACUACGUGCAUUUAUGUAUGUAUCAAGGAGUGUUGCAAUAGCUGGUUCGCUGUUACUUUUCCAAAACUAUUGAAGCUGAAUUUCGCCAGCGUUUUCAUUGUGCUUAGAGCAUGAAACUUUUUGUGUUUGACAAUAAAAGUUGCUGCCAUCUAAAUUGUAUUUUUCAACAUAAGUAUUUUUAUCUCUGCCUCUCUUCUAUUAUGUAUAUUUGUAUUUUGGUUAUAAUUGAAAACGAUGGAUCACACUGUAGAUAUGGUGUACAGAUAUCACUGCCUUUGUUAGUUUAGUGACGUUAGUGAAUUUAGUUGUAUAAGACUGGCAGAUUCUGUCUCAGUGAUAUUUGUUACAAUUAUUUCGUUUGCGCAUAGCAAAACGGUUAGUAAGUGUAAUGAAAUUGACUGUUUUACUUAAGUUCGUCUACUUGGUACUUAUUCAUUUCAGAAUAAAUUAUUCAGUCGUGUAAUGGCCAUGACAGUUUUUCAACGGUAUCGCUGUCAUAUUACAUUUUUACUUUCCUGAACCAAUAACAAACAUCAAAAACUAUUAAAACAAAAACAGUGCUGUGAUAAGAAACUAGUAAUUUUAGAAUAUAUUUUUUUUAAUGGCUAAAAACAUUGAGGUAAGAGUAAAGUGCUUUUUGAUAGGUGCAGCUUUCUGAAAAUGUAGAAGCAGUACAAAUAUUUGUGAUUGAAUUGACAUGACCUUGAAGGUCAUAGUUUCUUGCUCUUUUUAUUCCCGGUGUAAAUAAUAGGCGGUUCCAUUUGAGAAAACUGUCUUGACCUUCAAAUGAGCUUGAAGGUCAUAAUAAAUAGAUGUAUCUUUCCAAAGCUUACACAACAUUUUUCUUCAUGAAACGUAUUUUUCGAGAUAUUUUAUCCUUUCCCGACUUUCUGGACACCCUCAUAUACCCAUGAAGGUCAUGGUCAAGGUCAUAGGCAAAUACAUACUUUAACGCUCUCCACAUUUCCGGUUUAAAAAAUAGGGGGUUUCAUUUGAGAGAAUUUUCUUGACCUUCAAAUUACCUUGAAGGUCAUAAUCAAGGUGGCGUCCAAGGUCACCAUUAAAUGAAUCUUUUCAAACCUUACGUAACAAUUUCCUUUACGAAACGUAUUUUUCGAGAUAUUUUGUCCUUUCCCGACUUUCUAGACACCCUCAAAUGACCUACGAGGGUCAUAGUCAAGGUCAUAGGCAAAAUAUGCUUUAACAUGAAAUUUCCUAUUCUUUUCAUUUCCACGUUCAUAAAUAGGGGUUCCAUUUGAGAGAACUGUCCUGACCUUCAAAUAACCUUGAUUGUCAUAAUCAACGUUCAAGGUCACUAUUAGAUGAACCUUUUCAAACAUUACACAAGCUUCCAACUUUAAAAAUAUUUAAUUUGAGAAAACUGUCUUGACCUUCAAUUGACCUUGAAGGUCAUAGUCAAUGUCAUCAAUGGAUGGAUCUUUUCAAACCUUACGACUUUAUUCUACAACAUGUUUCUCAAGGAAACCUGUUUUUCUACAGUCUAAUUAAACUAAAUAUUUAUAAUUUCAAUCAAGUAAAAAGUCCCAAUAAAAAAUGGCUUUCCUUUAGGAAGGCUGGGGUUCUUCUAGAUUUCUACUGUUCCGUGUCAACGUCAGCGCUCUCCUAUCGUGAGGUUAUGUUUCCUUUUUGAAUCUUAAGAAAUUUCAAGCUGAUAAAACAGAUGAUAGAAAUCAGCCUGAAAUAUCUUAAAAUUCAAAAAGAAAAUAACCUUAAAAAGGAGCGCACGAUACAGCUGAAAUCUAGAAACACCCUUGCCUUUCUGAAGAACAGGAAGAACUAUGUAGGACGGCAUUCUAGAGGCCAACAGUGGUGACCCGGCUGACAAUGCGAUUUAGCAUACAGUUCCAGUGCUGUUUUCAUCGGUUCAAUGUUUUGAAAAGUUGUACCUACUAUAAAUUUUGUUACAUGAGGAGAAAAGAAAACAUGUAUUUAGUCAUUUUUAAAAAUUUGCAAACCGAGUUAAUGAAACGUUGAAAAACUGUAUUUGGAAUUUGAGGUCGACUUAUAAACUCUGACGUUGACGCACCACUGGCAGUUAAAAUCAAUGUAUAAACUUGCUUUUUCAGAUAUUUGGAGACCAACCCGCUUCUGAUAAACUUGAUAAACUCAAUAAAAUACAGAAAAACAAUUUCAGGUGACGCCGAGCAAAACAAAACAUAUGUCAUGUCAAACAGAGCGAAAAGCACGUGAAAAAACCAACCGAUCUUUCGCAACAAACCCGUGAUUUGCCGGCUCCCUCUGAUGGUUGAACCUGAAACGGAAACUGCAGAAACUAAAACUUCGUCAAGUCUAGCGUCAGCGUUGCAUAAUCCUGUUUAUAAACAGUUUAACGUCAGAUUUUAUAUAUCGACCCUUUACACAAAGAGGUGUUGUUCAAAUUAACAGAUGCAUUUCGAAACAGUGUAGCUUUUUUUUCAGAUUAAGUGAAACAUUGCCUCUUUUAAAUGGUAGAACUACCAUUUGAUUUGAUAAGAUUGCCAAACCACGAUUACAUUUUCUAUUGUAAGACUUUAAGAUAAAGACUGUGAAUAUAGAAAAUAAUCUUAAUGUUUGAAGCAGCUCUGUCACACGAAUCCUGUAUAGUGAACGUUUUGUGUUAAAGAUUUGCCAACUUGUCGAUGUAUUCAGUGUCAUUUCGGUGUGAAAUAGGUGUGCAAUGAGAAUAUAGAGACUGUUUACGAGUACUUGAUUAUAUUCGAGUAUAUUAAAAACAAAAAAUUGUGGUACGUAGUGAAUUUUUGUUCUGAUACCUGUACAUAGUUUUAAAGCAUUUUUAGUGAAUUUAUCUAAGGACUAAUUUGUAAGUAGCAUGAUUUUUUAUGAUUUGUGUAUAGCCAUCCUAUGUACGUGCAUUUUCAGAUGUAAGCCAAACGCUCACGUUUACAAACGUUGAUCUAAAAUGACAAACACUGUAAUUAGUCUUUUUCAAAAUAAUUUUUUAUUGAAUAUGAAUAGGCAGUUACUCUAUCCUACCAAAAACAGGAAAGAUGUUCCUAAUCUGCUGUUUUGAUCGUUUCCGAUAAAAAGGGAGUAUUUGUUACUUCCGCCUCCCAUGGAACAAUCUACAAGAGAAGGCUAUUCCCAGUUCUACUAAUCUUAGGCAGUUCAGAAAUCGUAUAAAGUUUCUUUGGGAUCCUCAUAGUCAUGGUGCACUGGCAUUUAGGCAUCUCUUCAUACGCCACGGAACAAUACUGAGUUUUGUAAGAUUUUCAGGCUUGCAAAUCCACUGUUAAUCGGACGGCAAUUUUUGGUUGCCAAAACUCAAAACAUUUACGAACUAGUAAAUUUUUACUUUCAAUUUUAUACAAAUCAUCUUUUACGUGUUAAAGUAAUCGUCUAUUUUUUUACAGUCGAUUCAUUUUAGAUCAAUAAAAUACAUUUAAUUCACCAAGUAUUCUUUGCAACGACUGCUUGUCCAACUUUGGACGAAUAUACUUUACCGCCCAGGUAUCGUAUAUAUUUUUGUAAAUAGUUUUUGAGUAUCUCACUCACGUAUUAGUUUUAAGUGUAUUUUCCAUCUUAAUUUCACGUCAAAAUUUUAUACGUUCAACUGACAUUUCGCUUUAGACGGCUGGUUUGAGGACGUAUACAUGUUACGCGCGAGUUUUUAAUCUGUUCCAAUUUUAUAAGUUUUGUGUAUUUAUAAUCUGAAGUUUUUCCAGAGAUCUCAGUGACGAAUGUAAAUAUUGAAGUGUAAUUCAUACUUUUUUUUCAAAUAAUGGUCAGUCAUCUAUGUUUACUUUAGUAUACUCUGAUAUGAAAAAAUAAACCACACUUAAGGUACAA